AUGCCACAGGUUUUACCCAUGAGAUUUAAGGGCUGGUAGAUGAUGAUACUGACAUGUUUAGAGACCCAAACUUCCACCAAAAAAAUGGAUGCAAACGCCACGAUGUCCAACCCGCUUGCAGCCCUCGAAGUCACCAUAGGCAAUCUCCGGGUGAAUAUCCUUGUUAUUCUUUCGGCACUUUUGGGAUUCAGCAUUGCAUUCUGUGCAUUUAUAAAUCGGUGGAAGCUUUGUGUUGGGGCUAGAUACCCCAAAUUUCCAGGCUGGCCCUCGUGCUUCGGCGAAGGGGAAAGCCAAGAGGGUGUUCUUGCUGCAUGGAGGGGUGAUGAGGAGGAGGAGUGCCUAGCCAGCGCUACGAAAACUGUGCUCCCCACCGCACCUCCGAACACCCCGGAGUCCUGA